UUCCCAGAGCGCCCUGCACUGCCACAGGAGCAUGCGUGCUGCAGCCUGAGCUGUCGCUUCUUUGGCAGUGACGGAGGCGGCAGCGCUCGCGAUGGAGUCGUACGAUGUGAUCGCGAACCAGCCGGUGGUGAUCGAUAACGGCUCUGGCAUGAUUAAAGCUGGUUUUGCAGGGGAUCAAAUACCCAAGUACUGUUUUCCUAACUAUGUGGGCAGACCAAAACAUGUUCGUGUCAUGGCUGGCGCAUUGGAAGGUGACAUUUUCAUUGGACCAAAAGCAGAGGAGCACCGAGGUCUCCUUUCUAUCCAUUAUCCAAUGGAGCAUGGUAUAGUGAAGGACUGGAAUGACAUGGAGCGUAUUUGGCAAUAUGUAUACUCAAAAGAUCAGCUCCAGACUUUCUCUGAAGAGCAUCCCGUGCUCCUGACAGAAGCUCCGCUGAACCCCCGGAAGAACCGUGAACGAGCUGCUGAGGUUUUCUUUGAGACCUUUAAUGUGCCAGCCCUCUUCAUCUCCAUGCAAGCUGUGCUGAGCCUUUAUGCAACAGGGCGAACCACAGGGGUUGUUUUGGACUCUGGGGAUGGGGUCACCCAUGCAGUUCCUAUCUAUGAAGGUUUUGCCAUGCCCCACUCCAUUAUGCGGAUUGACAUAGCUGGCCGUGAUGUUUCCCGUUUCCUUCGUCUGUAUCUUCGGAAGGAAGGCUAUGAUUUCCAUACAUCAUCUGAAUUUGAGAUCGUCAAAACCAUAAAAGAGAGGGCUUGUUAUCUGUCAAUAAAUCCACAGAAGGAUGAGACAUUAGAAACGGAGAAAGCUCAGUAUUACCUUCCAGAUGGAAGCACCAUUGAGAUUGGCCCUGCCCGAUUCCGGGCCCCUGAGCUGCUGUUCCGACCAGACUUGAUCGGGGAGGAGUGUGAAGGACUGCAUGAAGUGUUGGUGUUUGCAAUUCAGAAGUCUGAUAUGGACUUGAGGCGAACGUUGUUCUCCAAUAUUGUGCUCUCUGGAGGCUCAACACUCUUCAAAGGUUUUGGUGAUAGACUUCUGAGUGAAGUGAAGAAACUGGCACCCAAGGAUGUCAAAAUCAGGAUAUCUGCUCCUCAAGAGAGAUUGUAUUCUACAUGGAUUGGUGGUUCCAUCCUGGCCUCUCUGGACACCUUUAAGAAAAUGUGGGUUUCCAAAAAAGAAUAUGAAGAAGACAGUUCCCGGGCAAUCCACCGGAAAACCUUCUAACCCAGGUGGAUCCUGGGAUCUCCUUGGAGAUUUCUUCUUGUUCUCAGCUCACUUUUCUGAGUCUGAGUGUCUGAGGAACUCCUCGUUUGUGUGCGUGUGUAUGGGUGGAUGGUGCCAGCGUGCUCUGGACUUUCCCAGUGCAAAAGGAAAGGCUGGGGCUUUGACUUGACUUCUCAUUGGUCUUGUGGGAGGUAGAAGAGAAAUCGGAAUGAACUUUGUUGGAACUUGUUCCUUUUCAGUUGGUCCUUGAACUUUAGGGGAGGGGAGUGUGUUUCUUGCAGAAGAUGGGGGAAAGGCUGGCUAAGAAACUGAGCAGCUAUGCCAGAUGGGAACACAAGCAUUUGUAUACCACUCCAUGUUUGGGCUCCAAAUGGUCAGUUUAGGAAUAUGAACUGGGCUGAAGAGCUGUCAUGGAAACUCUGAGCAGAGAAACCUCUUGUUGCCAGUCUCCACUGCUCAGUAGUUGUUUGUUUAUUUUUAGGUGGACCACUUUUCUCCCCGUCCCUUUUUUUAAAACCCAAAAGAGAAUAAGCACAUUCUGAGUUGUUAAAACCCCACUUACUGCCGUUUGUGUGCCAGUGUGUUAAAUUCUGAAGUUGGUAUGUGAGAAUCUGAACCACGACAGAAUGGUUGGAGCAGUUAAUUUUAGGAACUAGUUUGUAAUGCAUGGUGUAGAACAGGAACACCCUUCCUCUGGUCUAUUCUAGACUAUCCUUGUUUUAGCAUCCUGUAGUGGAGACAAGUCGCCUGUCAUGCAGCCAAGUGUGUCUUGACCCUCCCCCAUCAUCCUGCCUCAUGUGUAGACUAAAGUUUUACAGUGUUGAUGUUUUCUGUAAAAAGCUGAAGCUUUAUGCCUAGGCUGUAUACCCUGCACACAGGGCUAGUCAUCCAUCCUUGCAGGGAAGCCAGGUAAUGGUUUUUAGAACUAUCUUAUUUAUUGAAAAACUUGAUGGCAACUGAAUUAUUAACUACACCAAUCGCUUGUUCCCUGUGUGCUCUCUCCCACACAGUCCUAUUAUGCUCUCCCCCCAAUACCAUUUAACACUAACACUGACAUUUUAACAGUAUCGUUACUUAGUACUGUUGGGUCAGCUAUGCAGCCUCUCCCUCUUGGAGUACCUUCUUACUGCUGGAGGGGCUGUUUUCCAUGAAUGUACUACAGGAGGGAGCAAUACUCACUACUGGAAUUCUUCAGGAGUAGUGACCUCCUGAGGGAGGUGGCCAUUCCAGAGUUGGGUUCACCCCUUUGUCUGUUUCUGCACUGUUACAGAAACUGAAAGGAUCAUAUGUAUGUUUUGAAUUGACGAUUUUGUUUUUAUAGUUUUUGUUUUUAAAACUACAUAUGUUUUGGUGCUUCUGAUUUUUAAGCUUUCUUUUUUUAAAAAAAAAACACUGCUGCUGGGAACCAAAUACAGUAUAUUGUUAAGUGUUAAAAGACAAUGCAGCAGGUUGCUAGCCUUAUGACUACCUAUAGCCAAAUGUUGCAGAAAAGACUGCCAUAGGAAGCAAGAAUUGAGGGACUUGAUCUCCCAGAUGUUGGCAAAGCCUUGUCCUGUGUACUGCUGACCAUCAUUGUCUUUUGGAUGUGGUUCAGUCUGUCUUUUGGUUGCAAGCCUUUUGUUUUGUUCUUGAAGGUCUUUGCCAUUUCCCCUUAUUUCCGGAGACUCAUUGUGAAACUGUAGAGGGACUCUGCCUGGGCAGCAAAUCCCAGGGAAGUGCUGGAACUUGUUGUGACUCUGUAGCAUCAGUGUAUCAUUUUCAUUCUGUAGCUAUGCCUGAUGUCUGAGUCUGCUGAAGCACUGAGAGCUGGCACAAAGCCACUCUGCAGUGAUGUUCGCAGGCCCUCGUUUUGUAAAGCACUCUACUCAGUGCUGACAAAUAGAAAUGAGAUACCUGUGUUUCACACCCUUUUCCUGGUGUAUUUAUAAUACUUUAAUAUGUCAGGGACCUGCUCAACUAAUACUUCAAUCUGAUGCAGUUACUUUUGUGCACACUCAUUGAUCUCAAAAGGCCUAGACUGGGUCAGCAAAGGGUUGUCCUGUAGGCCAGAUGGCAUUGCCAAGAAAGUCUACCCUCUCUGGUGACUUCAGAAAGUUGUAUUCUGAUCCACAGUUGUCUUAUCCAGUGGUUGCAUUAAUGCCACAUCACUUUGUUUUCUUAUUCAAAGUGAAAUGAAGUUUAUCCUGGUAUAAGUGCAGUAGCGCCAGUAGUUGUGGUGUCCAAACCUUACUUUAGCUAAAUUAAGCUGGAUUUAAAGGUUUCUUAUAUAAUGCAUUGGUGCUUAGAGUUUCAGCCCAGCAAGCAUGCUGUUUAGGGGUGAGCAAAACAGUAUUUUUUUGGUAUAUUGAACUUAGAAAAUAUCGGGUAUUUCCCAAUAUUCCCUGAAUCCCAACAUCAGUAUGGUACAGUGGCCAAUCUGAAUUUGCAGGCAGACAGGUACUUUGUGUUCACUUGGCAAUGGCCUGUAGCUCUGAAACUGUUUGGGGUAUUUUUGUGAACGGUAGACUAAAAGUGACUUUUAGUGGACCAGUUACCUAGAGGAUAAUCCUGAUAAUAGCUUGUCAGCUUGAGAACUACAGAUAUCAGUAUCAUCUGAGAUGUUUUAUAGUGGACCAUACUAAGGCCUUCUCCCAUAGGUAAGGGAGACUGGCUUGCCUUAUGAUACAAGAAUGUUGCGUUUUGUUUGAGUUGUCUAGGAGUCUGGUAUUUUAGAGGCCUUGAUUUUUAUCUGGUGUUAAGUGUCUUUCUAUGCUUUCUUGUAGUUCCAUGAAAACAAAAGAAUUUGUACUUUUAAAGAUAUUUCCAAUUGUUCUCACAGGGAAUAAUUACUAACGAUAUGGGGUCAGUGUAUGGCACCUUAUACUGGUAAAGGUAACAAUAAAGAACUCCUGGCAUAGUGUAGUCCAUGUUUUGGUUGUUAGGUAUGAAAAAAUGAGAAUAUUAAAUAUCCAAGUUGGUUCCUGCCCCUUUUUUAAUCCCUUGUGACUUUUUCCUUAUUUUGACAUCCAUUAUCAGAAGUAUCAGAAGCAGUAAUGUUGAUAAAUUGACAGGUGCUUUUCACAACAUAGCAUUGGUUCUAUCCACUUGACACUGUACUUCACACGUGUGCAAACCACUGCUGGAUGCUGACCAACACACUUAAUAAAGUUGUUAAUAUACAAA